AUGCAACCAUCCUCUAAACACCAAAGUGAUGAAAAAUUUGAUCGUGAUGAUGAAAAUAAUUAUAGAAUUCAAGUUGGUGCCAUUUUUCCAAACUGGGAAUCUCUUGAGAAUGCAUUAAAAAUAUAUGAGCUGGAGGUUGGGUUUAAGAAUUCCAAAGAGCAUCAAUCUAAAAAAAAUAUCAAUGAUGUGAAUUAUAGGAAAAGAGAAUCUAAGAAAGUUGAAUGCCUAUAG